CAAUGAUUUUAUUUAUUUUCGCUUUGAACUUCUGAACUUUUGAAGUCUUGAACUUGUGUAUUUAUUUUUUCAUGCACUUAAAAGUAAUAGUCAUUGGGUAUAUAGAGCGCGCGUUCCCCUAGAUGCGCUUCACAACAAAUUGAAAGUUCGUACACAAUGUUCGAAAACGAUAUGCAAACUAACAUCGCAAACCAUAUGAACUUCGCCGUCAAACUAGGCAACCCUAUGUCAACAGUUACAAUUGAUGCAGAUCGGCCUAUAUCACGGGUCAUCAAUGCAACCGACGCCAACAGCGAGAUGGCACACAAGCUGAGCAGCAACACAUAUUUUAGCUACACUUUCGUACCAACAAAUAUACAACAACAGGUUCGAGAAUCAAAAUAUGGACACAGUAUUGAUUGCGAAACUCACGAAGUGGAUCGAAGUGCGGAGAGCCUGCGCACUGGUGAUAUUUCGAAGCCGCUUCUUUCAGACGCGUGCCUCGUCAAAGAACCUAUAAAUUCCCAACAAGCUCGUGGUAGUCUCAAACGUGUCAAUCGUUUAUUCAAGCGGUGUGUGGGACGGCGUCACAGCGCUUCAGCGUAAAAUAUCAUCGACUGUCAAGUCGAAUCUUCGGCCGACUCUUGAUUUUCAUCUGACGAGUAUGCUCGGUUCAUAUGUAGGCGGGGUAAAAAGCAUGCGGCUACACAUAUCGCUUCAGUGUAUUGCGGACCCGUCAUAGUUCAGACCUCGAGAUACAUGGUGGGUAACGACAGUAACCUAGUAUUUAUAUAAUAGAACACAAACCAAUCUACAGUGCAGUGCGGACCCGACAUAAUUCAGACCAUCGUGGGUAACGACAGUGAUCUAGUAUGGAGUACAACUCAAACAAUACUACAGUUCAGUGCGGACACCGCCAUAAUUCAGACGUUGAGAUACAUCGUGGGUAAUGACAGUGACCAAGUAUGUAAUACAACUCAAGCAAUUACUUCAGUGCAGUGCGGAACCGUUACAAUUCAGACCUCGAGAUAAACCGUGGGCAACGGCAGUCACCAAAUAUCUGAUACAAGUCAAGAAACGAAACUUCUAUGAUCCACAACAUUUCUUUUCUCGAAAUCUCCAGUGAAGAUGGACAUAAUUGUGAAGCUCUGCAGUGUACCUUUCGUUUAUCUAUGAAAUUGGAAUAGCCAAUACGGAUAAUUACAGAUACCCGUACGAGACCGAGUGGCCCUGCAACAGGAAUAUUUACAAGAACAUGCAAAUGAUUUGGGCCGUUUUUCCUAGUGAUUGAUGUUAGAUUUAAAAGGCUACGAUUGGGAUUUUAAAUAUAUAAAAAAACAUUUUUUCCAACCAAAAUCUGCAAGAUUGAAUAUGAUAUAAAACAAUUCUUUCUUAGAGUUUUU